AUGGAGAAUGAUCUUCCAGUGCUCAUCAUUGGAGCAGGCAUAUCUGGAUUGCUGCUCGCACAGCAGCUUCGUCAAUUGAACAUACCUUUUCAGAUCUUUGAGCGUGACAACGACUUUUCGACACGAGGGUCAGGCUGGGGGCUCACUUUGCACUGGUCUCUACCUGCUCUUCGCAAAUUGCUCCCCGAAGAUCUCCUAUCACGCCUUCCGGAUACAUACGUUGAUCGCGCCGCUGUUGAGCGCGGUGAAUCGUCAACCUUUCCUUUCUUCGACCUCACCACUGGUGAGAAGAAGGGCGCGAGUCCACGAGCCGGAGAGAAUGAGAGGAUCAGGGUGACCAGAGAAGGACUGCGACGACUACUGGCUACCAGCAUUGACAUUCAGUGGGGCAAAACUUUCAAAGACCUGUCAGAUUACACGACAUCUGUGGGCGCCCACUUUGCAGAUGGCACAGAGUAUCGAGGUCGCAUACUCUUUGGCUGCGAUGGAAGUCAUUCACAAGUACGGCGCGGACUCUUUUCAUCUGGAAAGUAUGACAACCAUCGGAUACCGGUAUCCAUGUUUGGUUUCGCGAUGCAGAUGACUGCUGCACAAGCCAAACCCAUUCGUGAGCUUGAUCCAUUCUUCUUGCAGGGCACUGCAUCUGCAAGCAAUGUGUUUAUGUACAUUAGUUUGUUGAAAGCACCUCAACAUUCCGAGAAGGAUGACGAGGACUUCGUCUACCAGAUUUGCAUCUCUGGAUCAACCGACAGAGAGCCUUUCCACUCCAAAACGAUCGGAGCUGUUGAGCUCACCAACAGUGAACGGAUUGCAAUCAUCAGAGAUAUCGCUCAGGGUCUUGCCGAACCGUUUCACUCUUUCCUGUCGCUGGUCUCCAAUGACACCAAGGUGCAAAUAUUGUACCUCGAUGACUUCGAGCCUCGAAAAGAGAUGUUUGCGGCCGGUACAUACACCCUUGUGGGCGAUUCGGCUCAUGCCAUGGCGAUGUCUAAAUCACACAAAACACUGACUACAUUCCCAGAUCGCGGUGAGGGCGCAAAUCAUGCUAUAGUCGACGUACUAGAGCUGAGGAAGAUAGUCCUGUCAAAACUUAGCCCUACUGCUCCAAAUCUUCGAUUUGCUCUCCACGAGUACCAGCAGAGUGUAGCCAAAAGGACGCUACCGGCAGUAUUGGCCUCUCGCCAAGCCUGCCUUGACGCACACAAUUGGGCAAAUCUGACUCCAAAAAGCCCAUUGCUCACCAGACGGCAAAUGAUCCUUGACUACGAUGGUUGA